AUGAUAACGAUAACUCCAUUGGACGGAUUCAAAGGAGGAGGAGGAAGAAAAUAUUAUGCAGAAGUCACACUUUCCUCUCAUCCUCAUAUCGAAGCUUCUGUUAUGCGUGCUAUCACGGAUACUGUGGUCGAAUGGAGACAGCGCUUGCUGGGAGGUCGAUGUCCACCUCUUGAUUCAAAUUCUGUUGCUGCACGAAAUCUUAUAACAAUCUUCGAUUUUUUUCUUUCUUAUGGGUUUAACAAUGGUAACCGAUUAUAUUGGUUAUUUGUGAAAGAGUUCAUGUUGCGCAACGAAGCCGAUUAUUUGAAACGGGAAUGGCGUGUUACUUCAGCGCGACAGCUAUCAGUUGCAUGGCUCAAGGAUGUUCUCAAUAAACAGACAUUAUUGUACCAUUUUCAGUCUUUUCAACAAGAUUUAGAAACUAUUCGAAAGUUCUACCACAAAGAAUCAGUGAUGGCAAAUCAACCUCUACUUUCUCGCAUUGUACAGAAAAUGGCGGAUUUUUCUGAAGUUCAGUUCAAAUUUUUGAAACCCUUUGAAAAACAUAACGAUAUUCCAAUAGCAGUAAUGCGUCCAUCACUUGGUGAUCAGCGAUCAUCAACAUUAGAUGGUAGUUUGGUUGACUUAUCCAGACAUUCACAUGAAAAACAGAGUCAUCCAGCAAUUCGCCAAGGAUCUCGAACAGAAUUUUCAACACAUUCUCAGGAUGUCUCGUCAUUAUUGCUUGAUAUACCAUUACCAGAGGAUUUCGUGGAAACUCAUACUACAGCGUAUGAUGAGGAUAUCACUGCACCAGAAAAUGAUGCUGAUCAAAUUUUUGGUGAACUAUUGAAACGUAGAAAAAGUGAAUCAUCAGAUGGUAUGCGUGAUUGCCUUCCAAAAGAAAGUGGAGUGGAGGAUACUAUGGAUGAAGAAAGACAUACCGUCUCUAAUGCUACAAUUUCGGUAGAUCCUUUCGAUAUAGCUCUGAAAACAAGUUUGUCGAAAGCAAAAUUGUCCGUAGAGGAUGCUCACUAUAAUGAAUGUGAACACAGGACAUCACCGAAUACAACGUUAGUCGAUCUUCCAUGUGGCGAAAUAAGGUUGGAUAUGGGUGAAAUGAUUGGCCUUAGCAUAAAUGUUUUCAAACACGAUGCUGAAAGAUUUAUGCGCCUGUUUCAGGUGUAUUCACAUUUCGGCACGGGAGAAAUUAAAAGACGGUUAUUUGCUCUCUCUAAUCAAGCGGCAUAUUUGUUGUCUGCAGAAAGUUUUGUAAUAUCUAAAAAGUCAUAUGUUACACGUGCUUAUCUGCCACUUCGAUAUAUCAGCAGUAUUCAUGUUGGUCCAGAUUUGCAAGUGAUGUAUCUGCAUGCUGAAAAAAAUUACAAUGUGUGUGAAGGUGAAGCCGACAAGUUUUUGUCAGUUAUGGAAAUAUGCGCAGCAUGUAAACAACUUGGUAUCGCCAUUUUGGAUGCUCUGAAAUAUGCAUAUGGAAAUUAUGCGUCAAAUUUUCAAUCCGAUAAAAUCAAAUUGAACGUGUACAUUGAUCGCACUCCACAGCAUCUUAUUAAUUUCAUGUCCAAGGAAUUGCAUAAGGAUGCGCCUGUACUUUAUGGGUAUUAUCUUGCCCAAUGGAGACAAACGAAAUUAUAUAGCAUGAGUGGAGAAGGUUAUCAGCACAGUGGUUUUUUAUAUCAUAAAGAAAUUGGCGGUGGCGUUUCGUGGCUCCUUGGUUCAGGCGAUUUUCAACACAGCUACUUUCAUUUGCAGAAUAAAAAACUUUAUCAGUUUUCUGAUUCUACGUGCAAAUUCGGUGAACGCGUUAUAUCUAUCAGAGAUUCAGUUACCGAUGUAACAGAACUCAAAGGUGACGAUCGUUCACCACAUAUGUUCGAAAUAGUUCUUAAAAAUAGCAGAAUUCAGUUCAUAUGUCAGAGCGCUGCUGACAUGCAUAAGUGGAUAUCGCUAAUAACUCUUGCAAUCACAUCCACGGACAUGGAUGACGAGCUAGCAGCCUGCAUAGUAUGUUUGUGUGAAAAAAGUAUUUUAAUAGCUCAAGAGGGGAUGAAUUGUGCGGUUGAUGGAUUUGUGAGACUGCUGGCGCGCAUCGACAUGGUGCAUAUGUCCCAGGCUACAGGAGUAUUUGCUGCUGAGCGCUCAGCUUGUGUAAUAAAAAAUGAAGAAAAGUUGGAGUGGCUAUUCAUGAGAUCACCAGAUGAAGUUGACCGUCUGCUGGGACAGCUAAACCAGCUUGGGGUGAAGCAAAUUAAUACAGAAGAAGGUGGUUCGUCCCGACUGUCCGCAAUUCUAAAUUCGAUGUCACGCCUUAAUGACGCUUUUCAAUUUGAUGAUACUCUAUCGGAUGAUGCAUUCGAUACAUCGCUCGAACUCCGAUAA